AACCGUCUAUUGCUCUCAUUCGCUGUGUCGAGUAUCGGUUUUCGUACAUCUAAAAAGGCAGCACCUGCUCGUUGACGCCCUCCACACUAUAUCUUUGGAUGCACCUCUGGUUUCCUUUCACAUGUUCGAGCACCGCUCGUCUUGUAUAGAAUAAAGUUUGGGACACAGCGACACAAAGAUAACCGGCUGGAAGAGUGUAAUUUGUCAGCAUGGUGAACCAGCGAGGCGGAUGUAGUCGGCAAUCAUGCAAGAGCGACUCCAGCGGGGCGAGCUGCAGCGGCGGGGAGAGCUCCAAGGAGAGCUCCCGGUGCUCCACGCCGGUGCUGGACGCAGACCGGUGUGACAGGCUGCGGGACAAGAUGCGGAGGAGGAUGGAGUCCGGGGACCGCUGGUUCUCGCUCGAGUUCUUUCCUCCCCGAACAGCCGGUGGAGCUGUCAACCUCAUUUCAAGAUUUGACCGCAUGGGCUCCGGGGGGCCCCUGUACAUCGACAUUACCUGGCACCCCGCAGGGGACCCAGGCUCAGACAAGGAAACCUCAUCCAUGAUGAUUGCCAGCACAGCGGUCAACUACUGUGGCCUGGAGACCAUCCUCCACCUGACCUGCUGCAACCAGACCAAACAGAAGAUCACUGGCCAUUUGGCCAAAGCAAAGCACCUGGGCCUCAAGAACAUCAUGGCACUCAGAGGAGACCCAAUGGGAGCAGACUGGGAGGAAGAGGAAGGAGGCUUCAACUACGCUGUCAACCUUGUUAAAUAUAUCCGAUCAGAGUUUGACGACUACUUUGACAUCUGCGUUGCUGGCUACCCCACGGGCCAUCCCGAGGCUGAGAGCUAUGAGGCCGACCUCAGACACCUGAAGGAGAAGGUGGACGCUGGAGCAGACUUUGUUAUCACCCAGCUGUUCUUCAGGGCAGAGACUUUCCUCAAGUUUCUGGAUGACUGCAGAGCAAAUGGCAUCGCGUGUCCCAUCGUACCUGGAAUUUUUCCAAUUCAGGGAUACCAGUCUCUGCGUCAGCUUGUCAAGCUGUCCAAGCUCGAGGUGCCAGAGGAGAUCACCAAAGUCAUUGAACCCAUCAAAGACAAUGAUGCUGCGAUCCGUAACUAUGGAAUCCAACAGGCAGUAGAGAUGUGCCGUGCACUGCUGGACAGCGGCAAGGUGCCAGGCCUCCACUUCUACACUCUGAACCGAGAGGUUGCCACCGUGGAGGUGCUGCGACAGCUGGGCCUGUGGACGGAAGAUCCCAGGCGGCCUCUUCCCUGGGCCGUGAGCGCCCAUCCCAAACGGAAGGUGGAAGAUGUUAGACCCAUCUUCUGGGCUUCCAGACCCAAGAGCUACAUUUACAGAACCCAGGACUGGGAUGAGUUCCCCAAUGGCAGAUGGGGGAACUCCUCAUCUCCAGCUUUUGGCGAGUUAAAUGACUACUACCUGUUCUACUUGAAGAGCAAGUCGUCCAAAGAUGCACUGCUGCAGAUGUGGGGCAAGGAGCUGAUGAAUGAGGAGAGCGUCUAUGAGGUGUUUACCUGUUACAUCACAGGCCAGUCAAACCGCCACGGACACAAGGUGACGUGUUUACCUUGGAACGAUGAUCAUCUGGCCCCAGAAACCAAUCUGCUGAAGGAUGAGCUGGAGAAGGUAAACAGACGAGGAGUCCUCACCAUCAAUUCCCAGCCCAACAUCAACGGCAAACCUUCCACCGACCCCGUAGUAGGAUGGGGACCUGCCGGAGGCUACGUCUUCCAGAAGGCCUAUCUGGAGUUCUUCACCUCCAGUGAAAGUGUGACUGCUCUCCUCAAAGUCCUGAAGAAGUAUGAGCCCCGUGUCAACUACCACAUCGUUAAUGUGCAUGGCCGUAACCUGACCAAUGCCCCGGACAUGCAGCCAAACGCUGUGACGUGGGGGAUCUUCCCUGGCAGGGAGAUUGUUCAGCCUACGGUAGUGGACCCGGUCAGCUUCAUGUAUUGGAAGGAUGAGGCCUUUGCCUUGUGGAUCGAACAGUGGGCCAAACUCUAUGAAGACGAGUCUCCCUCACGGAUGAUCAUCAAGUAUAUUCACGACAACUACUUCCUGGUCAAUCUGGUGGACAAUGACUUUCCUCUGCGGAGCUGUCUGUGGCAGGUCCUCGAUGAUAUGUUGGAGCUGCUCGACGCGCCUCCAGAGCCGCUCACAGCGAUGGAACAGUCUGAAUAAAAUCAAAACACUCCUUUAGUGAAGGUCACAACACUCUGGGACUGUCGGUUUGUUAUGCACUGUCUGCUCUAAAAGUUAGAGCAGGAAGUGUUCUUCUCACUUUUUAAAGACCUUUUAUAAAUGUUUUUUAGCAUUAAAUGAAGGGAUUCCUCUGACCGCCAUGAUCAGUAGCUUCAGCCUGAGCAGCACUCCAAGCUAAGAAACUGCAUCUGUGCUCAGACCUGACUGAAAAACAACUAAUGGGAAACUAAAUCCUGUGAAAAAGAAUAGUGAACAUUUAAGCUAAGAUAAUUUAUAAAGUGUUCUUCAGGAAUGUUUUAUUUUCCUAGGAUAAAAUAAAUGGGAUAUAUUUGAAUUUGAUUUUUAAAUCAUUUUUAAUUAUGUGCACCAUUAUGAAUGAAAACCUGGUAUAGAGAUGUUGUGUGUGAGUGAAACAUUUUAAUCUGAUGAUAGUAAGAGUUAAGCAGACUUUACUGUGUACAACAGACAACAGUUAACACUAUCUACCAGCUGCCUUAACAUGUUUUAAAUGUCUUAUUUAUUUGUUGUGCCUGCUUUUCAAAGCUCAUUAAAUAAUUGUACAGUACUGUGCAGCAAAUAACCUGCACGUGUGUGUUACUGUUUGAUGCAGAGGGGCACACAGUACUGCUGAUGAAUAUAGAGCACUGCUGCGAGACAUACAGGGACUUGAUCAUGCAUUUAAAGUGAAGCACCAACACUACAUAACCACAAGUACAAAGGUCAGGUCAUACGACAGUACUACAUGACCCUGCAGCCGCCAGGUGACAUGCUGGGGAUGUUCACAACCUGCAAAUGAAUGUAUCCGUCCAUGCAGAGAAACGCUGUGAGGUGAUGGGGAUGACACCGAGCACUACUCGCACCAGAAGCUUCCUCGAACUCAGGCGUCGACCAAAUCAGAGACACCUACUCUGCACAUCUCAGUUGGGAGGUGCUGAAUCGUGGCAGUGUAACGUCACAACAGACCCCUAAGGAACAUCUAAAUAAACACUGUUACAGAGACAAAAACAUUCAUUUUAGUUGAAAUGCAGCUUUUACUUUGGAAAAAAGCUGAUUACCAGUAACCACUUCCCUUUGGGAUUUGUUGUGGUUCUGCACAAUGCGAUAAGUUUUUGAGUUAAUUUAAUUUUUAAUUUAAAAGCCACAGUUAUUUCAUUAUUUCUUCUGUGUUCACAUACCUGAGUCAGUACUGCACUUGGCUAUGCCAGAACCUGUUACGCUCCCCAGUGUGUCUUCUUUUUGUACUUUGACUGGAUCGUUUUCUGUUUUAGCAGUAUGUCAACCAUUAUUGUUACUACAGAAAUGUUUAUAAAUUAAAGCUUGUCAUAAAAACAGCUCUGGGAGGCUGCACUUGGGCACGAUGAUCAGCAUGCCAGCAUGCUGAAAAGGACAAUGCUAACAUGCUAAUGCUAAACAGGUAUAAUGUUUACCAAGGCUGCCA